AUGUCUGACUGCAGGAGGCAGUGGAAUCGGGAGGAUGAGCUACCGGUCUACCUGGCGGGACCGAUUACCACCGGGCCUAACCAGAGGAAAAGCUACGGGAUGUUCAGCUCCGUGGAGGGGGCGUUUGAUAGCAAGACCAUAGACUUCGAGAACUAUGCGGUGGGGAGGAAAGGGACCCGCACCCCGAGAAGCGGGAGUCGGGAGAGGCUCUUGGACACCGGUGACCCCAUCGGCAAGACGCCCAGCGAGGCCCGGGAGGGGUCACUGACCAACUCUCCCGGGGAGAGAGACGACGGGAGCCCCGAUGUGGAGGUCAGCUAUUCGUCUGGGAAGGAAAACCCAAAUGGGAAGAGUGAAAGGCUGUUGAUCAAAGGAGGGCGGGUGGUCAAUGAUGACCAGUCUCUCUAUGCAGAUGUCUACAUUGAGGAUGGGCUGAUCAAGCAGGUGGGGGAAAAUCUGGUUGUACCAGGGAACGUCAAGGUGAUCGAGGCUAAUGGCCGCAUGGUGAUACCAGGGGGGAUAGAUGUCAACACCUGUCUGAUGAAGCCUUACCUGGACACACAGCCUGUUGAUGAUUUCUUCCAGGGCACCAAGGCCGCACUUGCUGGGGGCACCACCAUGAUCAUUGACCAUGUGACGCCCCAGCCUGGGGACAGUCUGCUGGAGGCGUUUGAGUGCUGGCAGGAGGCUGCAGAUAAGAAGGCAUGUUGUGAUUACUCCCUGCAUGUAGACAUCCCCCAUUGGAAUGAGACUGUCAAAGAUGAGUUGGAGCUGCUGGUGCAUGAGAAAGGUAUCAACUCCUUCCAAGUGUACAUGGCUUAUAAGGAUGUGUACCAGAUGUCAGACUCUCAGCUAUAUGAGGCUUUCUCCUUCCUGAAGCAGCUGGGUGCUGUGGUGUUAGUUCAUGCUGAAAAUGGAGACCUGAUUGCUCAGGAACAGAGAAAAAUCCUCGUUAUGGGAAUCACUGGACCAGAAGGCCAUCCUCUGAGUCGUCCUGAGGAGCUGGAGGCCGAAGCGGUGUUCCGUGCCAUCACUCUUGGUAACCGUGUGAACUGUCCUGUCUACAUCACCAAGGUGAUGAGCAAGAGUGCAGCGGACACUAUCGCCCAGGCCCGGAGGAAAGGUUCUGUAGUUUUUGGGGAGCCAAUAACUGCUAGCCUGGCCACUGACGGCUCUCACUAUUGGAGCAAGAAUUGGGCCAAAGCGGCAGCUUAUGUGACCUCUCCGCCUUUGAGCCCUGACCCCACAACCCCAGACCACCUCCACACACUGCUGGCUUGUGGGGACCUCCAGGUGGUGGGCAGCGCUCACUGCACGUACAGCACUUCCCAGAAAGCAAUCGGUAAAGAUGACUUCACCCUGAUCCCAGAGGGAACCAAUGGAGUGGAGGAGAGAAUGGCUUUCAUCUGGGACAAGGCAGUGGCCAUAGGGAAGAUGGAUGAAAACCAGUUUGUGGCAGUCACAUCUACCAACGCUGCUAAAAUCUUCAACCUGUACCCACGCAAAGGCCGGAUAGCGGUGGGCUCUGAUGCUGACGUUGUCAUCUGGGACCCUGACAGCGUCAAAACCAUCACUGCCAAACUCCAGCAGUCGGUGAGAGCAAAAGAAGAUUAUGGAGAUGGGAAAGGAAAGAUGGCUUCAGAAUACAACAUCUUUGAGGGUCUGGAGUGCCGUGGGGGUCCGGCCCUGGUGUUGAGUCAAGGUCAGGUGGUUUAUGAGGAAGGCAAGCUGCAGGUUCAGCAGGGUACCGGUCGAUUUAUUCCCCGCAAGCACUUCCCGGACUACGCUUACCAGCGUGUUAAGUUCAGGAACCAGGUGAAGGGUAAACAGGGCGUUACUCGUGGGAUGUACGAUGGCCCUGUGUAUGAUGUGGUCCCAACCCCCAAAUAUAUUACUCCUGCUCCGUCGGCCAAAACAUCACCCACCUCUCACCAACCACCACCAAUACGUAAUCUUCACCAGUCCAACUUCAGCCUAUCAGGGGCACAGAUUGAUGACAACAUCCCUCGUCGGUCAGGCCACCGUAUUGUAGCACCCCCCGGUGGACGCUCCAACAUCACCAGCCUUGGUUGAACACUUGACUGUGCACAAAGUGUGGUUGUCGUGGGGUUUCACCUCUUGAGUGUGCGUGUGAGUGUAUGUGUAUAACUGAGAGUGCGAGCACACUGGCAUGAAUGAAUACCUCUGUAUGUUUUUGUACAGUGGUGACACGCUCUUUUUAGACCAUUAUGAUUUUUUAUCAGUUUGCCUUGAGACCGUGGUCACAGAGAAGAAGCACAUUAAUACUUCCAUGAAAAGAAGAGUGUGAUGUACAAUCAACCAAGUCACUCAAAGAUAUGAAAAACUCACAAUCGGAGCACUCACACUCACACACACACACACACACACAGACACACAUUCUGUGUUGGACCCGCUCCAAGCACCCAAAUGUGAACAUAGUGUUUUGUCAUAAUGUUAUCUCCUUCCCCGUGUGCAUGACUUCCUCUUUAUUCUUCUUCACAUGCCACGUCUUACUGUGUGAGUCUGCUCAGACAUGGUGCUCCUUUCCACUCGUUUGGUGGACAGCUGAAGAAAUAGAAGAAAUAACAGGUUUGUCCCUCAUCUGUUUUUCAACAACUUGGCAAUAUUUGCUUCAAUGUGGCACAAGUGGAUCAGUUAUACAUAUUGCAUGGACAUGUCUUUAGAUGUUACACUACUUGUGGUUUAUUGUUACAAUGGAGGGACACUUAAUUGUACUCAAGGCACAUUUGUAUCCACCAGUACAAGCAUACUCUUAUACUGGUAAAUGCACGAUUUGAACACAUAAUGGCAUUCACUGUGGAUAAAGCCAGCUGUUACUAGGUUCAGAAUACAUUCAUCCAUUACUGUGAACUUCAAUGAAAGCAAUGCAACUUCCUGUCCACCGUCAGAUACUAUAUGCAAAAGUGUCAAUACACUUCUAUAAAGUGUGAAAGUAGAUGAGCAGGUGAAACAAAUACAAAAACAGCUGUGGACUGCAAAAAUAAUUUCUAGAUUGUUGUAUCUACAUAAUAGAGCUCACAGAAAAGACGUUAUGAUGUGUGUUUUAGUUUUCUGCCAGUCACUCAUGCCAGAAACAGAUCAUUGUUGUAAUGACAUGCUUAGCUCACCGCUGUAAAAGGGCUUCAGCUCCCACCCCUGCUCUUUAAAACUUAACUGAGAAUAUUUUAAAGCUGUUUUUAUUUGAUUUGAUUGA